AUGAAAGGUGAUGCCAUCGGCUUGCCAAGCAAGGAAAAUUUCAGUCAUAUAUCGAAUAUUCAAGUGGCAGAUGAUUUAACUGAUAUGGAAAUUCAUGAACACUUCAAACUUCGGCUGGAAACCUAUAAAAUAUGGGCUCACUGUAUCGCAAAGAAAAGCUGUCCCGAAAUCCUUAUUGAUGGCUUCAAGUCGGACUUGAGCAAUGAUUUCACGUUGAUGAUAAACUGGUUAGCGAUUACUAAUGAAGAGCACCUAAAGAAUGUGUACCGAUCCACCAAUCAUCAUCUAAGUAAUUUGCAAUCAUCUGUAUUCGUUCAAGGGCCUACGCUUGACGCCUUCCGCGAGAUGAUCGCUGUGCUUUGUGGCGGAACUCGUGGAAAAAUCCCUCACCUCGACUUUUUAGCAGAUUUCACUGAGGCAACUCGAUUUCGUGACAAGGCUGCUUCAGAGGUCAUUGUAAAACUGGUUAAGGACAUUUUUAAUCUAUCAAGCGAUGCUCCACCUGCGAUGAAUGUUCGCAACGCAUCAACUGCGAAACGCUUGGAGUCACCUGAAGCUGUACGAAAUGGCGAAGCAACGUUGUCCAAUCAGUCUAAUGGAUUAGAUGGUGUCACCUGCAAUGUCGAAAUCCCUAGAGGAAGAGCGCCAGGAGACAGUGGCGGAGCUGAGCGGGCAGUUGUCGCUCAUGGUGAAGGGCCAUCGGUUUCCAGUGUAUGUAAUGGAGUAGUCAGAAAUAUCUCUGUUCAAUGUGCCAACAUGGAGUCUGCUAGUGUCGUAUUUUUUAGUUCACCAUCUACGAAUAAACCUCAUGGUGACAGUUCUGUGCUGAGGUCACCUUCAUGUUCGAAACCUAAGCGAGAUAUCUAUGCCAUAAGAAGCAGAAAAGUCGGUAGAGUGGGGACUUACUCCGUCUCAGGUGAAUGUUUCGUCUGUGGUAAAGGUGGAGAUCUUGUUAGCUGUGGCAAAAAAUAUUCUGCGAGUAGUUUCUGUACCACGAAGUUUCAUGAGAAAUGCAUUGAGGCCUAUAAUGCUGCUGAGUACAGUGUGGAUUGUCUUCGAAAAAUCGUUGAUGAAACUAUAUGUCCCCUGCAUUUUUGCUCCACUUGCUACUUGGAGCGUUGGAAAACUACGGCAGUUCGAGGAAAGCUCGUAGAAUGCGACUCCUGUUUUCGUGGUUUUCAUGAGCAGUGCUCCCCUGCUGGAUUUGAAUUUUAUGAUGACGUUGUACCGGCUAGGACGAAGGAGGGAUCCAUAGUAGAGGUUAAACAGACAUUUACUCGUUGCCAUUCGCACUGUGACUUCGAAUCUAUUCCGUUGGUGGAAAACAAACGCUCGCACCUACCGUUUUGCUGUGAAUGUGAAAACGCAGGCGAGGAGCCUCUGCUGAGAUGUUCCCAAUGCGUGAGGUCAUUUCACGAAUGUUGCCUUACGCUGAAUUGUCGAGAUCUGCACAACACCAACCCCAAACCGUUGUGUGAAUCGUGUAUAUUGGGCGAAACGUUACGGAUUGGACAGCCAGUGAUCGCCAAGUUUAGGAUAUCGUUCUAUGCUGCAACGAUAACAAAGUUGGAGGAGUAUCCGAAACAUUGCAUCAAAGCACGUCUGUGUACCAUCCGAGUUGCCCAAAGCCCCGUCUUGAUGGCUGCGAGGAAACUGACAGUAUGUGCGACUGUCCUCCUUCAGAAAAUGACCGAUGUGGCCCGAACUCUAAAUGUACAAAUCGUGCAAUAUUGCAAAUGCAAGGCUUGCGAAGCAGUGAAGGGUGGUUGCAAUAACAGAGGAGUGUCACGAAAGGAAGUCAAUCCAGCAGUAGAGAUACGCGAAGCGCCAGGAAAGGGAAUGGGUGCAUUCGCGGCUCGAGACAUCCCUAAGGGUGCAUUCAUAGCCGAGUACGCUGGAGAGCUGAUAAGCCACAAGGAAAAGAAUAGGCGAAUCGCGGAAAUUACGGCUCAUCGAAAUGCAGAAGAGAAACACUACAUGAUGGCAUUAGAUUCACAGCGCAUCAUUGAUUGCAAGGAGAAAGGCAAUGAUGCAAGUCCAAACUGCAAGGUUGAGACGGUGUAUGUGGUAGUCAGUCGGCUGAAGCGGCCCAAUGGUUUCGUUGUUAAGUAUGACAAACGCAUAAUGAUUUAUACCACCGAAGAUGUUCCCGCCGGUACUGAAUUAUGUUUCAACUACCAGAUGAUCCAAUAUAACCUUGGGUGCCCUCUACCAGAUUGCAAAUGUGGCGCGCCGAAUUGUACAGGAACUCUAGGUGCAACAACUGCAGCGGCAGCACAGGAAAGAACCGAAGUAGAAUCUAAUUCAAGUGAAACUGCCACUAAGAAGAGAAAAAAGCGGGCGGUUAAAGCGGCUCUCCCACAGGAACCACCUGAGAAGAAAACGAAGUCAUGGUCUCGUAGAAAAGUUUCAAGUCCUGUCGGUCAUCCUCGAUCUUCUACGGGAAGUCCCAGAAAGGAUCAAAACGUUACGCAUAACGGGCAGAUCAGUCGACCAACUGUGACAUUCCGUAAGGCAUCGUCUUCUUCGAGAUCUGAAAGAAAUGAAGGGGAAUCGCCGAAACCAGUGCGAAGGUCUAGAAAUCGAAGGCCGAAAACGUUGAAUGGGCUGAAAGAGCAUACAUCUGAAAACGUAGGCAACGACAGUUUACUCACGAGAGCGCUCUUAAAAGGCGAGGCGUUAGAAACACGUUCUAGUUCCAGUGCAUCACCACAGAGAAGCAAUGAGGUGAUUGAAGGGUUGAAACGAACCCGACAAAUAGCUGUGGAGUUGUCUCCUUCAAAUGUUGUUGUGUAG